GAUAAGUUCUGUUACAAUUGCAUAAUGCAAUGGACCAAAGUUGUUGCUGGCAAAAACUCUCACAAGCUUACCUCUUUAAAGUGUCCUUUAUGCAAGUAUUGCAUAAAUCAGGAUUUUGAGGACGGCUUUGUCUUAUCAAAAGCCCACAAGUACAGAUUACAGUGUUAUUAUACUGAACCAGGUUGCUUAAGUGACAUUUUCAGCGUGCAACGUUAUUGGAAAUCACACAGGUAUCUUCAGCCAAACCGUUGGCUCCAAAGUUGGUUAAGAAGAGAAAUCCAAGCCCUGAUACAGGAGGAAGAUGUUGAUAUCAUUAUGCACCACAUACUUGGCACAAUUGAUUCAUUCCUGACAAGGAGUAAACAACAAUCGCAAAGAAAAACACCGGAAGCAGUGAGAGAGGAGUUCCAAUCGUUGGCAUCUGAUGCAGCUAGGCCCUUUUUAGCGGCGAGAACUGAUCGGUUUGUAAGUGAAGUGGAAUUGUUUCUUGCUUCGGGGUUGAAUAUCGAAGCCUAUGACGCUGUUUACAAGCAGCGCCUAGGUUGGAGUGCGCCCGGCGUUACUAGUGAGGCUGAAGGAGAAGUCAGUGAGCAUCAGCAUACACCUGUAAUCCCAUAUUUGUACAUAUUUGAUGAGGAAUAUGAUGAAAAUGAUUGAAAGUAUCCUCUUAUAACAAUCCAAGUUAUUUUCUUAUUGA